GUUCCGAGAGGGCGGGGCAACGUCUCAAACGGAAGGUGGUAGUCGUCCGAGCCCAAGCGGGUUUGAAACCGGGGGUCGGACCCGGCGGCUGUCGUUGUCUGUCGCCGAGGCCCCGCUUCCGGGCUAGGCUGCCCCUGCCUGCCCCGGCGCCGCCUCUCGUCGGACCCCUAGGUCCCAGGCCCGGCUCCCCGCCUGACUCGCGCCCCACCCGCCGCAUCCCGCUACCGACCCGGCCCGCACUGCGGCCCCGCCGCAGCCACCAUGUCCCUGCACGGCAAACGGAAGGAGAUCUACAAAUAUGAAGCGCCCUGGACCGUCUACGCCAUGAACUGGAGCGUGCGGCCUGACAAGCGCUUUCGCCUGGCGCUGGGCAGCUUCGUGGAGGAGUACAACAACAAGGUUCAGCUUGUUGGUUUAGAUGAAGAGAGUUCAGAGUUUAUCUGCCGAAACACCUUUGACCAUCCGUACCCCACCACAAAGCUCAUGUGGAUCCCUGAUACAAAAGGCGUCUAUCCAGACCUACUGGCGACAAGUGGCGACUAUCUCCGUGUGUGGAGGGUUGGUGAGACGGAGACCAGGCUGGAAUGUUUGCUAAACAAUAACAAGAACUCAGAUUUCUGUGCUCCUCUGACCUCCUUUGACUGGAAUGAGGUCGAUCCUUAUCUUUUAGGUACCUCCAGCAUUGAUACAACUUGUACCAUCUGGGGGCUGGAGACGGGGCAGGUGUUGGGGCGAGUGAAUCUUGUGUCUGGCCAUGUGAAGACCCAACUGAUUGCCCAUGAUAAAGAGGUCUAUGACAUUGCAUUUAGCCGGGCUGGUGGUGGCCGGGACAUGUUUGCCUCUGUGGGCGCUGAUGGCUCCGUGCGGAUGUUUGACCUCCGCCAUCUAGAACACAGCACCAUCAUUUAUGAAGACCCACAGCAUCACCCGCUGCUUCGCCUCUGCUGGAACAAGCAGGACCCUAACUACCUGGCCACCAUGGCCAUGGAUGGUAUGGAGGUAGUGAUUCUGGAUGUCCGAGUUCCGUGCACACCUGUCGCAAGGUUAAACAACCACCGAGCAUGCGUCAAUGGCAUUGCUUGGGCCCCACAUUCAUCCUGCCACAUCUGCACUGCAGCGGAUGACCAUCAGGCUCUCAUCUGGGACAUCCAGCAAAUGCCACGGGCUAUCGAGGACCCUAUCCUGGCCUACACAGCCGAGGGAGAGAUCAACAACGUGCAGUGGGCAUCGACUCAGCCCGACUGGAUUGCCAUCUGCUACAACAACUGCCUGGAGAUACUCAGAGUGUAGUGUUGGAGGUGCCAUGCCCACGAGGCAAGGGCUUACGUGUUUCCCGCCUCUGCCCCACCCCAAAGUAAGAAGAAACAUGUUUCCAGUGGUCCGUGUGUCUUUCAUUGCUUUGCACCCACUGUUACCAGAAGUUGCUCUAGGAGUUCUUGGCCAGUUACCCCAUUGCUCUCUGUGCCAGACUCAGUACUGUGUGGCGCCUCUCAGCCCAGGGCUGAGUUUUAAGAUUUUCUCUCUUUUCCUCUUCUUCUUUAGUUCCUCAAUUAAAAGUUUCUGUAUAUUUGUUUGUCAGCCUUUGUGUUAAUGAGCAUUACAGGCACUGGCUGUGUUUGUGUUCAUCUGCCCCCAAUGUCUCUGUCUGUUGCCCAAGGCAGCAAUCUGUAUCCAUGUCCGUGUUAGCACUUAAGUGGGAACAAAUACCGAUUUGAAGUUGUCUUUCCUCUUACUAUCAAUGUCUGUAACAAAUUUCAACUUUGUAUAUUUUUUAUCUAUCAGGCUAAUUUUUUUAUGAAAAGAAUUUUACUCCCUGGCUUCUUCCUUUGUUUCAUAGUCCUCCCUGUUAGCAAUUUCCUCUCCUCCCUCAGUGCCUGGACCUGGCACUAGGCCCUUGGCCCUAUGAGCAGUUUGCCUUCUUGCAUCACUGCCUGAGCAGAACAGACCUGACAGGGAGUCCCAAACCACCUUGGUGCUCUGAAGUCAGCCAGCUCUCACACCUUUUUUCAGUCUGGCUCUUCUCAAGGGUAUUCUGGGCUCCAAAACAGAUGUCUGAAGCCUUCUGUUACUCCCUGAAGUACCUCUGUCCUACCCCACUGGGACCUAUUGUGAAUGUGCUAGAGCAGAGAUAGGCCGAUUAGGGUGCCUGACUUGAGGGGGGAGUAGUUUCAGGAAAGCUGAGCAUAGAGCAUAUUUCCAGUACAUAGUUUCAGAGUCUGUGUUUCCUCCAAAUAAAAGCCCCAGGCCAUUCUCUUUCAUGUCUUGAACGAUAGGCAACAAUGAUCAGUAAGCUGAACUUCAGCAUCUCUGUUUGCGUAGUUAACUGUGACGGGUGGUAUACCAGCCACUCUUUGAAUUGAGUGCUCUGAGGUGAGAGACUCCGCUUGAGAGGCACACAAUCUGCUUCUAACCCUGAACAAGAUCUUUAGAGUGUGGGAGGGUGUCAGCUCUUGUAAGGGAGGGACUGAGAGCCAUCAUGAUUUUAGGCCAUCAAAUAAAUGGCUACAAAAAGAAUCAGAGACCCCAGGGUCAGCCAGUUAAGAGCUCUACACACACCUGUCAAGCACCCCACCUCCAGUUUGGGUUCUGAGCAGUAUUGGACUUAGAGGCUGCAGGGGUCUAUUUCCGUUAUGUGAAUGAGUUCCAUGGAGGGGGCUUGUGUGUGACUGUUGGUAGGCUGAGUUUAGGACACACUCAGAGUCUGGGCGGGAGUCUGCCCGGUGCAUUGUGCUGUGCCAAGUGGCUGAAGGUUUCUGAGACCCUGAGAGUAGCAGACCUUAAAGCUAAUGGUUUUGUCCACUUAGGCUCUCACCUGCUCUUGAGAAACAAUAGUUAGCUUUGUUUUUCUGAGCGCUUUGAGCUCUUUGGUUGUCUUCCUUUUCAGAAACGUGUAUUUGUAUCCCCAGAGCUCUUUGCUUUACUACAUAGGAGCUUGUCCCAAAGUAAAAGGCUCUUUUGUAGGGCUAUUUUCCUUUCUACCUUUUUAUAUUUUUAUUCUGGUUGGGGCUCUUUUACUGGUCAUCUGCUUGAGGCUGACUCUCCUGCAUUUACCACCAGAUUUGCAGUGUGUUAUUUGGAGAUGUAAGGUGAGCAGUUCUUGGUCAGAACUCUCCUCUGCUUAUAAUUGUGUUUGAUGAUUCCAGGGUCCUUCUCUCAAGGGUAGCAAGCCUAAAUCUAUGGUUGUUUGCUCUAGGAGGCAGUCCGUUCCUUCCUGUGGAAAAUUGUUUGAAAUGAAGGUCAGAAUGGUAGAGGGAGCUGCUCCUACUGAGGCAGGGCUUAACUAUACUGAGUUCUGAUUUAAGAUUGCUUUCCUGGUCUGCACUUAAACCUGGUCUGAAUGGUGAGAUUUGUAAACUAGAACUGAAAAACAACCUGGAGAGAAAAAAUUAGUUAAUGGUAAUUAGAAUAUAUUUGGGUAAAGUUGCUCUUUAUUCUGGAAAGCUACAACUUUUGAUUUUUUUCCCCUUGCCCAGUGUACUCCCAGCCCUAUCACUGACUGUCCUUAGGCCUCACAGUGCAGUCCUCCUUCUGGCAUCCCACCUGGGGCCCGGGUGAGACUCCCAGUCUCCCUGAGCAAACACACACUCACAGUUGCUGGGGUGCUGGUAUUUGGAAGUCCCAGUUCUUACCCUCUCUUUAUGCCACAGGCCAAAUGACCUCAUGGCUGAGGAGGGGAUUUCUGUAGUCUUGAGAUUUAGAAAGCCUCUUAGCCAGCCAUGUUCCAGGAAGCAGAUAUCUGUUGUAGUUUCAAGAGCAAGUGUCUGUUUAGUUUGUUUAGGUUUUCAAAUUGACACCCAGAGAGCAUGGAUGGGAGGCUCUGGAUCUGCUCUCCUUGAGUCUGAGAAGAGCAGCCGCCAGGACUUCACUGGGAAGGUCACGGGGCACCUCUACACUCUUGCUCUGGUGGCCCUUUGACUUGUUCUUGGCCCCUGAGCUGAAGCUACCUUUGUUUUUCUUGUUUGUGCUGAGCAGACGGGGAGGAAGGUGCUGAAUAAAUUAGGCCUCAGGCUUCUCAUCAGAGAGCUGGUGAAUGGGUACAAAUCCUUCAAGAGGUUAAGUGUUUACACUCAGGAGAGUUGGAACCCUCUCCUUCCAGGGAGGAAUUGGGCAACAGAUGAGGACUUGAAGAGGGAAGAUAUUUGAUAACUAGGUGAGAAUUUCUUAUCAGAACCAGGAUUGGCUCUCAGAGAACUGGUUAAGAUUUGGGAAGAAACAGAAAAAAUGAGAUUUUUACAAGGUUUUGAUAAUAGUUGUGGCUGAAAUUUUAGAAGACGAUUUAGGAUGUGGGAGAAAAUCAAUGGCAAAUGCUGCUUUAGGUCAAAGGAGAAAGUAUUAGAGGGCAGUAAUGUCUGCUGUGUGGCGGAGAGAGACUGUGUCAGGGAUUAUUCAUCCGGUACCUGUGAUGCUGGGUAACUGUGGGGACAGGAUGACAGCUCAGGGCAGAGGAUCCCCUCCCUGCAGCAGCGCAGUCAUACAUGAUGUUUGCUGGUAGAAAUCCUCAGGUCUUGGGAGUCCUGUGACCAUUCCAGACCAUGGCUCUUCUUGGUUGUAGGUUUGUGGAGAGCUGAAGAAGCAGAGGUUGUGAACAGUCAUGCUGACUUUCCCUACCCCUCCCUUUCUCUUCCUCCUCCCUUCCCACUUUCUAUCCCCUGUAGAACUUUCUCCCUGCUGCAACCUGGGCCUUGACUUCCUAGACUGUAAGAAUAUGUAGGAGCUACAAGGUUUUCCAAACAUGGGAGGGCCAGCCCAGUACCAUCUCUCCACCUUCCCAGUUUGAGAAUAUGGCAGUUCCUUCAACUGCCUGGCUUGGGGUAAGGGAGACCAUUGAAGUAGAAACCUCAAAGCAGACUCUCCCCUUUACUCUCUACACUCCAGGAUGAGGAAGGAGGGCCAUGCUUGGCACUUCAGUUGGGUUUUCCCUGAGAGGAAAGCUGAACUGAGCAGUCACUGUGAACCUGGGGCCAGGCUCUCUAAGAACUAUCUUUUCUGUACUGGCUGAACCAGCGAUUGAGACAGUCAUGCUGCAGAGCCUUGCCCACCUCCCCCAUCUGUACCCUCUUCUCCCACAGUUGUCAUUGCUGCUAAAGGUCAAAGGCAAAUGUAUGGGUCAGGUCCUCAGGCUACUUUCUGGAUGUUAUUUUUUAAAUAUGGGACAUGCAGGUGCCUUUCCAAAGAGGCUUGGACUGGUAUAUGAAACCAUAAACAAAUAAGCUAAUGAAAGUAUGAACUCAAGAAGAAGGAUGUUGGCAGUCUGUGUAACAGCUGGAAAACUUAUAAGUGCCCACCUUUGGGACAAGCGAGUGAAAAUGAACUUUUGAUAACUGCUAUUUAAAAGAAAUGUUCUCACCUUGGGUUGAUUGUGGUGUACAGUAUGUUAUGAAACUUGUUGAGCUAAAGCUUUGACUUGAGUCAAGUAUGAAUCACUUGCUUUGGUUCCUGUGUAUUUUACGACCCCCCGUCAGUGACUUUCCAUCCCUCUUCCCCUAGUGUGAAUUUGUAGCAUGAUUGUACAAACCUCUAUUUAGAAAACGGAGAUUUCCUGUUCUCUGAAAUGUUGAGCUCUAGUUAAUCAAUCCCUGUCCCUUUAGCCUAGCGUGUCCGAACUUACUUUCUUGUUAUAUAUUUAAACUUUUCCUCUAUACUAUGGAUUUUGUGGCAUCCUAUGGUCAGGUGGAGAGGAAGCUGCCCCUUUGCAGAACUGUACUGUAACUAUUUUUCUUUUUAAGAUAUUAUUUUCACAGGACUGAUUGUACACAGGGCUUAUAAUAAAAUUUUAACACUGUGCUGUGAAACCACAAUGGUAAAUCCCCAUUGAAGGCUAUUUCAAAGGCACCUGAAUGUGGAAUGUUAUGUCUAUGACUUUAUUUCUUGCUUCCUGAGUAUAUUAAACCUAACUUCGCCCUUUCGUUCUGUUUCAGCCUCCUGUAUAAGACCGUAUUUUCUGCCCAUCAUACUUUGUAAUAAAACUUGAACAUGUAUAGACUGACUGAA